AUGUCGAACAACAUCCUCAUCACCGGCGGCGCCGGCUUUCUGGGCCCUAUGCUCGCCGCCAAGUUGGCAAAAGACCCUUCAAACAACAUCGUCCUGACCGACCUGCGCACACCCCAACGGCCAGCCGGCAUCUCAGACUCUGCAUCCAACCUAGAGCUCACGGCAGGAGACCUGACUUCACAAUCAGACAUCGACAAACUCCUCUCCAUGCGCCCCCAAUGGUCAGCAAUCUUCCUUUUCCACGGCAUCAUGUCCGUCGGCUGCGAAGAGAACCCCGCGCUUUCCACCAAAGUAAACCUAGACGCCACGCUCUCCGUUCUUACAUCCAUCUCAAAACUUCAACAAUCUACCAAACCCCGCAUUGUCUACGCUUCCACCCAGGCUGUGUACGGACCGCCUUACACGGCAACAGGACCCAUCACAGAUGAUACGCCCGCGACGCCAAUUGGCGUGUACGGCACCCACAAGGCCAUAAUGGAGAAGCACAUCGAUGAUCUCAAUCGCCGCGGUCUAAUCGACGCCUUCUCCGUGCGUCUACCGACCGUCGUCGUCCGUCCAGGCGCACCAUCGCGAUCAGCAGCAGCAUUCCUGAGCGGCCUACUCCGCGAGCCACUAGCCGGACUCGAAUGCAUCGUGCCCAUUAGCGACCGAUCAGCACGCCAAAUGAUCUGCUCGCCACGCGUCAUGAUCGAGAACUUUGUGCGCGUCAUGAAGGCCCCAUCAGAUGCUAUGCCCUCGCAUAUCCGAGCGGUGUAUAUGCCGGGAAUCAGUGUCACGCUUGGAGACAUGUACGCGGCGUUCGAGGCGGUAGUUGGAAAGGAGAAGCUGAGCCUGUUGAGAGAGGAGGUGGAUGAGGAAGCGAAGAGGUUGUUGGAUAGCUGGCCGCAGACUGCGGAGUUUGGGAAUGCGACGAGGAUGGGGCUAUUGUUUGACGAGAGUUGCGAGCAGAUAUAUAGGGAGUAUGCUGAUAGUUUGAAGGCGUAG